UGUCUUCUUCACCCAUACGCCUCUCCUCCUCCAUCUCCGUCCAGUCGCUGGAAUCCGGCGAGGUGUCAGAGGCCGGGAGGCGCUUUGAGUUCGACCCGUCGUCAGCUCCUCCGUAACGCCGCCGUUCCUGGGAGAUCUCUGGCUGGAUUUCUGGUGGUAGACAGAGAGAAAGGAAAAGCUGCGCGUGGUGUGGCCGCCACAGGAACUCUGGAAAGGAGGGAUUUGAAGGAUGGUUGAAAGAGGGCAACUGCCGUCGUUCUCGGGGAGAGGAGGCUGCCGUCGCACGAUUUCCAGCUCUAUCGCUGCUGCGGCUGCUUUAAUGAUCAGUUCUUUCCUCUGCGCAUUUAAUGGCGUCGAAUGCAAGGGGGAAGGAGUCCCAUUCGGUUCCAGCGCCAGAAAUUUCUCCGUCAACCGCAGAUUCUUGGCAUUAGGUGAUGCGGAGGACUCGAAGCCUCAGACCAUCGACGAGCUGUGUUCGAAGUCGGCCAUCGUGUUGUACCAAGGGGAUGGAGCGCCGCUGCCCAACGGGAUCCCGACGUAUACGGUCGAGAUCCUGAACACGUGCCCCAGCGGCUGUCACAUCUCGAGCAUCCACGUUGCCUGCGGCUGGUUCAGCACCGCGCGGCUGAUCAACCCGGCCAUCUUCCGGCGCGUCGGCUACAACAACUGCCUAGUCAACAAUGGCCGGGUUCUGCUCCCUGGCCGCAGCGUUACCUUUCAGUACGCCAACACUUUCCGGUAUCCCAUGUCCGUAUCUUCUGUCGCCUGCGCCUGAUCAUCUUCUCCUCCCUCCAUCGGAAGCCCGCCGCCGUUCUUACUCUGCGGUCUCCUUCGACCAUCCUGGCCCUUUUGACUUCUUACAGAUCCACGGCAAGGACGUGAUGUUGCGUUCUUGCAUCGCAAUGAAGCUGUGACGACCAUGCUCUUCCUUUCUACGUCGUAACGGCAUUUUUGUCCCUUAACGAAGUCGGGGGUCUAUGUGGUUUGCCUUUUCCUUGUUUUACGUGCCGAUGACCAGGAGUUGUUCGGGUUGGAUGUCAGGAAAGUAAGUGUGAGUAAAUUAUUGAGAGGAAAAGGUUGGUUUUGUUGGUAGAUCGAUACAAGCUUAUGGGGUGACGAGAAAGUAUAUAUAGAAUUAAUACAAAUGAGCAUUUCUGGUUGAGACUGGGGAAUGAAAUCUUU